UCACACGGCAUGGCUCGGGGCGGGCGGGGUUUGCGCCUCCAGGGUUUGCUUUCGCGCCUCUUGCUCUACGUCACUGUGUGCUUACGCGCCGAGCUUUGAAAAUGCAGCGGGAGCUAGUGAGUUUCCCGCUGUCUCCCACGGUGCGAGUGAAGCUGGUGGCUGCGGGUUUCCAGACGGCCGAGGACGUCCUGGGGGUGAAGCCCUCUGAGCUCAGCAAAGAAGUUGGGAUAUCUAAAGAGGAAGCUUUAGAAACUCUACAAAUUGUAAGAAGAGAGAGUCUCACAGACAAACCCAGAUGUGCUGGUGCAUCUGUGGCAGGCAAGAAGUACACCGCACUGGAACUUCUUGAGCAGGAGCACACCCAGGGCUUCAUAAUCACCUUCUGCUCAGCGCUAGAUAACAUUCUUGGGGGUGGAAUACCCCUAAUGAAAACAACGGAAGUUUGUGGUGUACCAGGUGUUGGAAAAACACAGUUAUGUAUGCAGUUGGCAGUGGAUGUGCAGAUUCCAGAGUGUUUUGGAGGAGUGGCAGGUGAAGCAGUGUUUAUUGAUACGGAGGGAAGUUUUAUGGUUGAUAGAGUGGUCACCCUUGCAAAUGCCUGCAUUCAGCACCUUCACCUUAUAGCAGGAACACACAAGGAUGAAGAACACCAGAAAGCCUUGGAGGGCUUUACUCUUGAAAAUAUUCUUUCUCAUAUUUAUUAUUUCCGUUGUCAUGAUUAUACUGAGUUGCUGGCACAAGUCUAUCUCCUUCCAGAUUUCCUUUCAAAUCAUUCAAAGGUGCAGUUAGUGAUAAUAGAUGGCAUUGCUCUUCCUUUUCGACAUGACCUUGAUGAUCUAUCCCUUCGUACUCGAUUACUAAAUGGCCUUGCCCAACAAAUGAUCAGCCUGGCAAAUAAUCACAGAUUAGCUGUUAUUUUAACUAAUCAGAUGACAACAAAGAUUGAUAAAAAUCAAGCAUUGCUUGUUCCUGCAUUAGGGGAAAGCUGGGGACAUGCUGCUACAAUAAGACUUAUUUUUCACUGGGAGCAAAAGCAAAGGUUUGCAACAUUGUACAAGUCACCAAGCCAGAAGGAGUCCACAAUACCAUUUCAGAUCACACCACAGGGAUUUAGAGAUGCUGCUGUCACUGCUUCUUCAUCACAGACAGAAGGUUCUUCAAAUCUCCGGAAACGGUCACGAGAACCAGAGGAAGGAUGCUGAUCCAAAACUAAUGGUAUUGUGUGUACCUCAAGUUAGCCUGGAAUUUUCCUGCCUCUGCCCCUAAGUGCCGGAUUACAGGCAAGUGCCACCACGCUAGAAUUUGGAAAUAAUUUUAUGUUUGAAAGACUUGUGCUUAUUUUGCAUAUGUACUUUGAUUGCUGCCUUUGCAAAUAUCUGCAGUGUGGUGCAUUGUUAUUUAAGUAUGUAGUAAAGGUUCAAAUCUUAACUCUUAGUUUAAUUACUGAAAACCAUGUGUGCUAUCUUGGUGCCAGAUAUGUCAUUUAUAGAUUACUCUUUCACAAGGCAGCAAACAACUUCAUAUGCCCAAGUUAUUUCCUUUCUGGAAAAGAUGAUUGUGUCAGCAUGGUCACCAUGUGUGGUAAUUGAUAACGUCUGUGCCACAUGGCUUGUUUCUACUCUUGUCCGACACAGCCAUUCUACCACCUAUGACUGCCAUAUGCUACAGCACUCUAGGUUAAUGGAGUCACUUCAUCGUCCCUUCUAGGCACAAAUGUUACUGUGGCUCAGUUCCACCAACUAAGAAGAGAGUACUUAGCAAUAUUUAAGUAUAGAAAACAAAGUCUUUUAGCAAUAUCUAAGUAUAGAAAACGCCUUGGUUAGGAAUUUCUGGAUUUAGUUGCCUGUUCGAUUUUCAUUGAAAAAGCUGCUGCUGUUCAGUUUUCUGUUUGCUUUGUUCUAGUUUUAAUGAAUUCUGCAGUGAUGGGCAUUUGCCAACCUAACUAGGACAUGUUCAGUAUCAUGAAUUUUUACAUGUAUUCAUUCUAACUGAAUAUUUAAAAGUAAUUAAAAACUAGUUGAUAAUAAAGGUAAAAUUUUAUUACCAAGAAGUACUUUCUGAUUUGUAUAAUGAAAAUUAGAAAAUAUCGAUACAGAUUUUUUAGUAGUUCACUUUAGAAGAGUCACUCAUUAUAGAAAGAACAUUCUAUAUGACAACAUUUAUAGUAUCAAAUCACCAUCACCCUCUACUUCUGUAAGGAUGUCCUAGUCCAUAUUUUGGUGGCUAGAUAAAAAGAAAGUUGAUUAUGUAUAGAUAAAACUUUUUUAAAACGACUAGAAACUGUUUGGGGUACUUAUUUGCCUUUAAAACUAGUAAAAUUUAGUUUGUAUGGCUUGUUACUACUUGGAGUGAAUUUUAAUUUUGAUAGCUUUGGCCUAUUCCUGCAAAUGACUAUAUAGCCUAAAAGAGGAAAGGAAUUAAAAAUUAUUAUAGCAAUGAUGUUUGCUCUUUUUUUUUUUUGCAUCAACUGGGGAUGAGUUUUUAAAAUACAGCUAUUG